AGGCUCAGCAUGUGGCCCAAUGAGAGCUCUGAAAAUCAAAGGUGAUUAGAACUAACCAACCUCCAUCCUUACAGUCAAACUCAAGGGACCCAUUUGAUUGGAGCCUUGAUGAGAUUUCUUUAGCUGUAAACACUCAAGCAGAUCAAAAGUACAGCGGCACAAACCAACACAGCUACGGAUUAUGCCUAUAUAGGCUCCGACGUGCAGUGUAGGUAAGAACAUCUCUGAAACCAUGGCGGACCCCUACCACAACAACAUUUACCACCAAGGAGAUGGAGACAGCUAUGGGACAUAUGGACAGGGAGGACAGGAUGGCUACGGUUAUCAGACUGACUACCCUCCACAGGAGGAAGAUGCCGCCAGUGAUGUCACCGAGGGACACGAUGAAGAAGAUCAAAUGUAUGAAGGGGAGUACCAGGGCAUCCCCCACCCGGAUGAGGUCAAGGCUGCCCGGAGGGCAGCGAGAGCAAAAGCGAGGACCAUGGCGGAUGGCGUGUCAGAUCAGGAGGAGCUUGCUGAACAAUACGAGGACAUCAUGGAGGACUGUGGACAUGGGAAGUUCCAGUGGACCCUGUUUGUGGUGUUGGGUCUGGCGCUAAUGGCAGACAGCGUGGAGUGCUUUGUAGUGGCCUUGGUGCUACCCAGUGCAGAGAAAGACAUGUGUUUGUCCCACGCUGAGAAGGGAAUGCUGGGUUUGAUCGUUUUCCUGGGAAUGAUGUUCGGCGCAUUUAUUUGGGGUGGCCUGGCUGAUAAAGUCGGUCGACGGAAAUGUCUGAUUAUCGUCCUGGCCAUGAACUGCAUCUCUGCCUUCUUCUCCUCAUUCGCACAGGGAUACGGCUUCUUCCUGUUUUUCAGGCUGUUCUCUGGAAUUGGGAUUGGGGGCUCCGUUCCAAUAGUGUAUGCGUACUUCUCUGAGUUCCUGCAGAUGGAUAAAAGAGGAGAACAUCUCAGCUGGCUCUGCAUGUUUUGGAUGAUGGGGGGCAUCUACGCUUCCUUCACCGCCUGGGGCAUCAUCCCUCGAUAUGGCUGGGGUUUCAGUAUGGGCACAGAGUUCCAGUUCCACAGCUGGAGAGUGUUUGUUCUGGUCUGUGCUCUCCCAGCUAUAGCAGCUUUUCUUGGGCUAAUGUUCAUGCCUGAGAGCCCACGCUUCCUACUGGAGAAUGCUAAACAUGAUGAGGCCUGGAUGAUCCUGAAACAGGUUCAUGACACCAACUGGAGAGCCAAAGGAGAACCUGAGAGAGUGUUUACUGUAACUCAAAUCAAGACUCCAAAGACACAGGAAGAUGAGUUUAUUGAGAUUCAGACUGCAACUGGAACUGCUUUCCAGAGAUGGGUGGUUCGAACUUUGACACUGACCAAGCUGGUCAUGAAAAAUGUUUUGUCCCUCUUCGGUCCUGAUCUAAGACUCGCUACUCUGCUAAUGGCCAUCAUAUGGUUCACAAUGGCAUUUAGUUUUUACGGGCUAUCGGUGUGGUUUCCUGACAUGAUCAAACACCUCCAGCACGAGGAGUAUGAAUCCAAGGUCAAAGUAUUUAAUCGGGAGAAGGUGGAGCAAUUUCAUUUCAACUUCUCUUUGGAGAACCAAGUCCAUAAAGAGGGAGAAUACAUCAAUGACAAGUUCAUCAACAUUGAGAUGAAGUCUGUGAAGUUUGAAGACUCUUUAUUUGUGGACUGCUACUUCGAGGACAUCCGAUCCACAGACACCAUCUUUGAGAACUGCACCAUCCGCAGUACUGUGUUUUAUGACACAGACUUAUAUGAGGAAAAGUUCAUUGACUGUACAUUAGAGAAUGUCACUUUCCUGCACAACAAGAAGGGAUGCCAUUUAGACAAUGAGGAGGAGAACGAUGUCCUCAUCUACUUGGUCAGCUUCUUAGGCAGCUUAGCUGUGCUGCCUGGAAAUAUUAUCUCAGCACUCUUCAUGGACAAGAUUGGACGAAUCAAGAUUAUAGGGGGUUCGAUGCUUAUUUCUGCUGGCUGCACCUUUUUUCUUUUCUUGAGCUUUAGUCAGGCAGCCAUCAUAGCCUGGCAGUGUCUGUUUUGCGGCGUUAGCGUAGCAGCGUGGAAUGGCAUUCAAGUCAUCACCGUGGAACUCUACCCAACUUCGAAAAGAGCCACAGCAUUUGGAGUCUUAAAUGCCAUUUGUAAGUUUGCGGCUAUAUUGGGAAGCUCAAUCUUUGCCUCAUUCGUAGGCAUUACCAAAGUCAUCCCCAUUCUGCUGUCCUUCGUUGCUCUGGUUGCUGGCGGAGUGUUGGCCCUGAAACUGCCUGAGACCAGAGAGAAGGUCUUGCUGUGAAAAUUUGAAGCUGAAGGUUUGGUCCAAGCCGUUGUUUUUAACUAUUAGUGUGGAGAUAACAACUGCUGGCAUGUGUAAAAUUGGGCUUAUUCAAGGGAAAAAAAUACUUUUAAACUCAUAAUAUAUGAUAUUAAACUCUAAUAUUCAAAAACUAGAAGGACCAAAUGAUGGAGCUACCCCUAGUCUGCAUAGAUAUGCCUGAUAUGUCAUAUACAGUAAGUUAAAGGCCUGUUGGGUCAUUUGGAGCCCCAAAAAAUAUCUGCACUAGUUAUAUAGUUUCAGAAAAAUCUACAGUGAGUAUUACAGAGAAAAACCUCCAGUGAAAAAUACAAUUUGUCCCAGAUUUGCUUGGAUGGGGUAAUCAGAGUCAUGGAAGUUUCAAUCCUGUGCCAUUUCUUGGUCAGAAAAUUCAGGUACUGUUGAAGAUUUUCUUUUUAUCUUAUAGCUUGUAAUUUGCUAUCGUCUCACCCUCUGCCUUUGCUUAUGAUGUAACCUCCUCUGAUAAAAGGUGUAUUUUUGUCUUGGUGUUUGCAAGUGUCCUACUAUAUGUCAAGAGACUGAUCUCAAUGUGUCGCUGUGCGUUCGGAUGCUCGGUGCAGAAUGUGUGCUUGUGUUUGUUGCGUCACUCCAGAAACCGUUACGUGUGCUUCCUCCGUUUUCUAUUUUUUGCUUUAUUACCUGUAAAUUGCUCAAUCUGGCGGAGCACCUUACAAAGCUCACCUCACUUUACCUUACCUUUUCCUUCUUUCUUUGUGCUCUCUCACUCUCUUUCUCUAUCACCCUCUUAUUUAAUUAUUUUGCAUUCUGUGAAUCCUGAAAAAGUCGGACGGUUUGGUCACUUUGGAGUUGAGCUUCACAGAGCCACAUAUCUGUACAUGCUGUUGACUGAGUUGCAUGUGUGUAAUUUACCAAGUAAUGUUGUGGCUUUUCUCAAUGUGUUGUCUGGAUGAUGUAAUGUAUGUCUCACUGCGAAUAAAACUGAUUAGACCAUACUAGUCAUUUGGUAACCUGUAUCAUUUUAGUUUUCAUGAGCUGGUUAUAGGCCUCUUAAGGGAACGGUACACGAAAAAUUGAAAUCUCUGGUAUGAUUUACUCACCCUCAUGUCGUUCGAAAC